CAGUGUUUGAAAAUGGCUGUAGGAUCUGUUUUGAAGAUAUGUUACGUAUAUUUUAUUAAUCUCAAUGUGUCAUAGUUAUUCCAACAAUACUCCGGUACACCAGAAACACUUACAUCAACGAGAACAGCCAGUGACAAGUUGGAUAUGUGUGUGCCGUAGCAUCAGGCGGACAACUUCACUAGAACCAUGUUGAAUCGUCUGUCAGCGACAUUGACCAUGCCUGGAGCAUGCAGUAAGACAGGCCCCACCCCCCUCCCUGUGGCUCCACCCCAGAGGUUCUACACGACACCCUGGUACGUCGCGGUCAGAAGCAUGUGAUGGAGGGACAACAUACGGACCAUGUCAGGAGACGCUUGUGUUCCUAUUAAGGGUUUUAAAUUCAAAGUUUCUGUGAUACAUUAAGGAUAUACUGUUAACGAUGGCCCUGAUCAUGGACACAAGUGAGGUGCCAUGUGACCCCUCCAUGGUGGACGAGAACGGUAAUGGUCUUCCGUGGGGACUUACCGAUCAUAACGGGCUUGUUGAUGUGCUGAAGAAAAGAUGUGAGAAGGUCCUGGUGAUUGACAGUCGGUCAUUCCUCGAGUUCAACACCAGCCACAUUCAACAGAGCGUAAAUGUAUGCUGCUCCAAACUGGUCAAGAGGCGUCUUCAGCAGGACAUGGUACACGUUAGAGACCUGCUGGCACAGACAUGUCAUGCGGAUAUUGACGAGAGUUGGAAUGUCAUCGUGUACGAUCAGUGCACAGAGGACCCCUCCCUCUUCACCGAGGACAACUUUGUCUACGUUCUGUUACGCAAACUGGCACAUGUCUACAACUCCGUCACUUUCCUCAAAGGGGGGUUCUUGGCAUUCCAAGCCAUGCACCCUUCUCUGUGUGAGAGCAAGUCGAGCUGCAGUUACAAGUGUGCCCCCCUCACCUCGCUGUCCCAGCCCUGUCUCCCUGUCACCAACAUCGGACCAACGCGAAUCCUGCCCUUCCUCUACCUGGGCUCACAGCGAGAUGCCCUCUCUCAGGAAACAGUUCAGGUAAAUGGGAUUAACUACAUCCUAAACUUGAGUACAAACUGCGGACAGCCACCAUUUGUCCAAGAUGGCCACUUCCUUCGCAUUCCAGUCAAUGACAAUUACAGUGAGAAGCUGCUGCCAUAUUUCUACCAAGCAUUCCAGUUCAUUGACAAGGUGCGUGAGGCAAAUGGCUGUGUACUGGUGCACUGCCUGGCGGGGAUCUCCCGCUCACCCACACUUGCUAUUGCCUACAUCAUGGAUCACAUGAAGAUGUCUUCUGACGACGCCUACAGGUACGUCAAGGACAAGCGACCAACCAUAUCACCAAACUUUAACUUCCUUGGGCAACUUUUAGACUUUGAAAAGCAGUUGCGACAAGGUCUGAGUGAAAGUGGCAAGAAAUCCCCUGAUGGUGCAGCUAAGACUUACGAACAUCGACCAACUCCCUUUGUGAUGGAUUUGCAGUUGUGUAGUCCAUCCUCACCUGUAACAAAGUCUUUCAACAGGCACCCGAUCUACUUGGAAACCGGAUUUCCAUGUGGGGACACAACUGUGAAACUUGCAGCUUCAUCGACACAGACAGCAGCAGCAGCAGCGGCGGCAGCAGCAGCAGCAGCAGCAGCAGCAGAGGAGGCAGCACAACCAGAGGUGGAGGACCAAAGUGGACCGUGUGCAGAAAGUGGUGUUGAGAGUGUGUCCGUCUGUGCUAGCUCAGACAAUCAGACAGAGGAUCCUCGUCUCAUUCUUCCUCUCACCUCGGACAUCUCCUCCUCAUGUGAACUCAUGGACACAGUCACACUCAGAAAGAAGUGCGCUCAUCCUCAGUCGUUAUCUCUGGGUGUUCAGCAGCAAGAAUCAAUGCAAGUAGAUUCGAGUCCAAGUGAUGGGACAUUUGUGAAGGAUCAUAUGACCCUAGAGACUAAGACAAUUCGUUCCACCAGAAGGAAAUUCUCACUCAAUCUCAGUCCAGUGACAAUGAGUCCAAUUUUUCCAUCAGCUAGUUCACCUCAGACUCGACCAGUUUCAAUGGAUAGCUUUAAAGUACAGUCUCCAAUGAAAAGGACAUCUACGCCGAGUCGGCCUACAUCUCUCGAAGGGUUAUCUUUGCCUUCUUCUGAGAACAAUACACCAUCAACACCAAGCAAGCCGUUCUCAUUGCUUGGACUGCUUCCUUCUGAAAGUAACACACCAUCAUCAAAAUCCAAACAUUUGAGGUUGCCAGGAGCAAGCUCUAGCUCAGGAGUUCCCUUUAGUCUUCAGUCACCAACGACAGCCAUGGCCAAACUCAACUUCAGUCCGACACUUGCGGAGCAGAUGGAAACUGUCACUGUGGAGAAUGAGUCCCAGGUUCACAACUUUCCAGCUACCUCACUUGACAAACUCAGCUUCACUCCAUGCCUGGCUAGUGACGACAGCCCUGGCAAGCAUAAAGGAGCAGGAGCCACAAAGCGACCAAUCAGCACAGCUUCAACAGAUUCUAAAUCCUCGGAGCCAAUAUCACCCAUGUCCAUCAGUAGUGUUAGCUCUAGCAGCAGUGCAUCUGUGCCCUCGCCUGUCACUAACAAAGUUGUGUUACGCUCCAAGAAGCCAUCGUCUCGGAGUUCUCCCAGUUCAAGCACCUCUCCAGUGUCAGAGACCAAAUCUCUAGAACCUUCUUCACCCAUGUCCAUAAGUAGUAGUUCUUCUGGAUCUAGUGUCACAUCACCAACGGCAACGACCUCCAAGGUCAUUUUACGAUCUCGUGAGAACAAGGCAAAGCGACCAAUGGUACGCCCCAACAGUAUUGCCUUCUCUACUUAUCCUACCUUCGACCUUGGCUCUGACUGUCAAGACUCGCCGACAUCCGGCAGUGCGUCUCAGGAUGACACGUCAGAGGCUUACAUGUUACAGAACAGUAAGAAAUCAAAACAGGAGGAUUCAGAAAGUGACUCUUUAUCAGAGAAGAAAUUCAGGUGGGGCAAAUACUCUGAAAGAGAAGUGUAUAAACAAAUCACUGCUGCAAUGAAUAGUGCUAUGUUACGGACCAGAGUGUACGAAGCCUCUCGGAAAGCUCGCAGUUUGGACGAUAUAUUAAGUUCCGAGGAAGGUAAUGCUAGUAGUGACUGUGAUUGCACAAUGUUCGGGAAGAUUCCACGACGCUGCGGCCCAGGCGACAGGUUCACAUCUCCAUCCUCAUUCUUCGAUCACCUUCCGUGUCGGUGUCGUGGGUCAUCCGACCCGUACCAAUCUAAUAGCAGCAUAUCCUCGAGUGGCAGUCACAGCUCACUGCAUGGGAGUCUGGAGAUCAUUCAGCUCUCCAACUUGGCUCCCCCUAGAAAUCCUCAAAGCAGAAAAAGACUUCCUCACCGCUGAGGAAGGGUAAGUGAUGAGAGACUAUAUCAGUGUACUCAGGGGUGCUUUGUGCCUUAGUGCAUGUGAGGAGGACGGCCAUGUUUGGGACAUUCGCCAUCACAAGUAUUAAGGGAUCUCCCGACCAAAGGAUUUGUUUUUAACUAAAAAAUAUUGUCAACAUUUUUACUUUUCUAUGUAAACACUUAAUUCUCAUUGUGUUUUGUAAAGAAUUUUGAGAUUUUUUUACAAUUUGAUAAGUGGUAAAUCUGCACAGAUCUCUCUAGUUCACCUCAUUUGAUGUUUUUCUUGUGUUGUGGUUCACACUUUUAUCAAAACAGUUUAGAAGUAAUGGCUUGAAAUUGAAAGAACCUGAAUUAAGAUGCUGCUAAUUUGGUCCCAGAUAUAGUGUUCUGCAUGGUAAAACCCCAGAGUGAUGGAGACGAAGGCUGUCAUACAGACCUCCAUUCCUUGCAGUAACACAGUACACACUGCCUAAUCGUUUUCCCCAGUUCUCCAUCCCCCCAUCCCAGCAUUCGAACCACUUGUCCUGCAUUUGAUCAUAACGAAAGAGCAAGUUCAGCAUUUUAUAAUUGUUAAAUGUUUCAAUUUCAAGUGAAAUGCAUGAUGUUAAAUUUUUUCAUUUCAAGUUUGGGUUUCAUUUAAAGGAUUUAGUUUUUGAUUUGUAGUAGUAACUUUAUUUAUAGACAUUAUCACAAUGGUUAAUUUACAAUACAAGAACACUAUUGCCAUAAUGAAGCAUUGCAACAGUUUGCAGUCUACCACUAGAAAUAAUUUCAGGAUGACACAGGUGAAUGAAAGCCCAUUUAUGUUCAACAUUUUGUAAAAAUCUCUGACCUUUAUGAAAGACCCUGGUUACUGUAUAACGUCCCUGCAGUUUUCUGUUCAUGUUCUUCGAUACCGUAUUUAUCCCCAUAUUAUUAAUUAAUGCAGUAAAUUAUCAUAUGUAUUUUUUACCAUCUAUCAGCGUAUCUCACUAAACUCUUAUCUAUAAAGGAUCAGUGUUUAAUUAUAAAUGGAAGAUGUUUAAUGUAGUGGUUUACUGUGAACUGUUGCUGUGUUAAAAAGACUGGGACCCACUUCACCAGAUACCUCAUUGAGAUCAGCUGAUUCCCACUCACUGAUACACAGCGCACUCUCUCAAUGCAUGAAUGGUUGUUAUUAUUUUCUUUAAGUUAUGACAGCAUAUUAACUAUUUACAAGUCAGCAUACCAGUUGGUUAUAAAUCGAGACCUGAAAUUGCAAGCGUUGAAUGCACUUAGUGUAUGCACUACAAGCAUGGAGAAGUACUACACAAUGGUUGUGUAUCGUGAUACUGUUAGUCCUUGUUCCCACAACUCUCUCUCUCUCUGUAUGUUUGUGAGCCAGACUCUGCAUGAUGGCUGUGAACAUCUAUAGGAAAUGAUUCAUUAACCCUUUAUAUGGAGUACCCUUUGCUGACUGCGCUCCUGUGUGAUGUUCUCCUCUGGCUAGAAAACAAUGGGUUAAUAACAAGACAUGUGACAAUAAGAGAGCUGUAUCACAACCAAAUUGUUAUUUCACCUUGUAUUUCCUGGUCAGAAUAUGUAAACCAUACACACAUGGUCACUCACAACAUUUCUGUUGUUUUUAAUGGGCCCUAAUUAUGAAUAAUCUUUUAUCUGAGCUCUACAUUUCCUGUGGAUAGAAUGGUGCUGUUCAAACCCAGGUCAAACAGCCAGGGACCAAUCACUUUCGAGCGGAAGUAAUCCAAAAGACUAAAUGUUUAUAAAAAUGUUCUCAUGGAGAACACAAAGUUGUCCUAAUUAACUGUAUAAGAGUAAGUAAAGAAACUGAAAUUUUCUCCUUGCUUUCUGUACAGUUUGUCCACUGAUCCUUUUGUGGUCCAACAUUGUCUGUUUUCCCCCAUCUUUCUGAGGCAAGAGAGUCUACUGACUAUAAUAGUCCAGUAGUAUAAGUAAGUCCAGUUUCCAACCUUGCCGACUUAGGCUGGCAUUAUGGAGUUGUAUUUUGGCUGGACUAAAGAGUCAAUGAAUAGUCCAAUCAAAAUUGCGGAAUGAAAUCGACAUCCAGUUCAUAAAGCCGAUUUUGGUCGAAUGCUGGAUUUGCAAAACAUGUGUUCCGUCAACUUAGCAUCAACAGAUAUUUUCCAAAUCUUUUUUCCAAUGUUUUUACAAGGUGCUCACAUGAUUUGAUGUACUUCGGUAAGUAAGAUCUGUUUUAUUACGAAAUAGAUCUUGAUUAUCGAUCAGAUCGUCUUGACUGGGCACCACCAUUUUGUUGGAAGCAAAUGCAAGUAAUAUGAGAGGUGGAAUCUGAUUUGUCAAUAGGCGGGACAUAGAUGGGACAUAACUUGUAACAGCCACUUGUGGCGCUAUGAUUGAACCCAGAAAUUCCAUCCUAGUUCAGCAAAGAUGGGAACUAGACUUUUACAGUCAGUUAACUCCCUUGCCUUGGGAAGAUGGUUUUCCCCUACACAGAGAGGAUUUGAGGCCACAGAUGUUUCUAGAAAACUGGUCAUUGUGGAGAGUUGGUGAAGACAAGAACCUUGUGAUUUGUUACCUCUAUACAUAGUUCAGGUUAGCUGUGAUCGUUGGAAUGUACAGGAGAGUGUUUUAUCUAAAAUGACUCAUGAAUGUUGCAAGAUUGUUGUUGAAUGUUUACUGUCCCACUGUUCUUCACCAUCUAUAUUCUAUUUACUGAUGUAUCGGUCAUGUGAUAAAUUGUUUUGUAAGUGAUAAUGUGAUGGUUCAUAGUUAUAUUAACAUUGUUUGUAUUUCAAGAGAAAUGUCACUUUUAUGAAAUAAGAUGUAUUUCUACAACUGGCUGUAGACAGGCAAUGAUGAGAUGUUUGUCCUCUAUCGUCUUCAGACUUCACAUGAGCAUAUGUAAGGAAAACUGCACAGUGCCACAUUCUUUGAUGCUGUUGGCUAUUGAUGAAAACCAUUGGCGCUCUAUAUAUACCGUAUUACACCACAAACCAUUUUGUCCCAAUCCUCCAGGUUUUCUUCAACUAUACAUGAGAUUUUGCUGGUCAGAAAACAGACUUUUAUUCUGACCUUGUCCUCGAUAAGAAAUGACGCUUUGAUAAUAUAUACUGCUCAAAAGAAAUAAAAGGACACCCGAUUCUUUCAUAUUACUAUAGUUAUGUCAUGACCUCUUAGUCUGUGAAAACAUUUCUUUAAAAUAAUUCUUUCUUUCUUUUUCGAAAGAACCUUACCUCCUCUGGUGUUGAAUCAAGGAAACUAGAUUUGCCAAGGCUUUUAGUGAAAAAUAAAUAUAUAUAUAAGUUUCACAGUCAUGGCCCAAGACUAGGCAUGACAGAUUAACUAUAGUUAUAUGAACAAAAUGGGUGUUAUUUAACUUCUUUUGAAAAGUAUAUAAAGUUUCAUUUUAAGGAAGAGAAUUUAUGGAUGUCAACUUCUUUAUUUGGAGGAACACAUCAUUUUGGAGUAUAUGUCCACUCGGUCAUCAGGUGAUGAAGGAGUUAGCACAUACAUGUACUCCGAAACGUGUUCCCCAAAAUAAAGAAGUUGACAUCCAUGAAUUCUUUUCCUUAUGCCUUUCAAAGACAAGUUUCAUUUUGUGUUAAUAAAAAGAAACCGAUUGAGAUUCUACAAAUGUUAUAACAGUGGUGUAUUGUAUAUUCUGUACCACUAGCUCUCAUCAGUGCAGUUCUACUGUAUAUGUUCCAUGCUGUUUCCCCAGGCUUCAACAGCCAGAUCUCGUGUGCUAGGUAAGAGGGACAGUGUAUGAUGCACGUUACGUGUCACUGUACAUACAUGUAUAGGUACAAGGGAAGAUGGAUAUCUACCGUAUUUCCCCAUCUUCAUCUCCACUAUAUUCAGCUACGGUGUAUACCUGGUGUAUACCUUGUACAUGCCAGUAAUUUAUUUUUUACACAUUGGCAACCCUAGCAGUAUUUUGCUAUUGUCUUUGGAACUGUUUGAUACCCAAGUAGAAUUGUUGUGGGCGUAUCCUCACUCUCCCAGUGGACACUGUCUAGUCUCUAUGUAGAUAUCUCUGUAUAUGUAUGAAUGGUUUAUAGCAAAUCAACCCUUUAUCCUGACACUGUGACUAGUGACCCGCCUGGAAGGCUGUGUGUAGUGGGAGGGAGGGGGCAACACAUCGGAUUCACAAGUAUUUUUCACGAAUCCAUUAUUUUUGUACACUUAAGCGUCAUACCUCUCAACUACUUCAUUCAGUAACACUUACAGACAAGGUACCGGUACUGACAUUUUGAAAAUGUCACUGAAAUUUUGGACACACUCAUUUCCAGAUUGUUAUUCUCCAAGACAUCUUGAAUCAAGAUUCUUGAUAUACACAACAUUUUGUAUUUUGUCAAUUGUUAAUUAAUCAGCAUUAAUUUUGUCAAAACACUUUUUCACAAUGCUGUAAAACACGGAACUGUUUUGAAACGAUUUUUCUUUCAAGUUCUCAGCUGAUAUGAAAGUUAAUCAAAACCCAGUCAUGUCCCUUCAAGUAUAAAAUAUGCAUGUCUGACUGUUUUCACUGUCUUUUCAUUCAUUGUUGAAUAUUGUGAACAUUAUGGGCUGUGCAGUUAAAUGUAUAUACCAUGAAAGGAUGUCUCCUAUUUUGUAAAGCCGCCAGAAUGUGAUUAUUCUGGGAUUGUGAUAGACAAGGAAACUGCUGCAUACAAGAGGGAGAUGACGCUGCUAUCUUGCAUCACAGGAUCUUCGUACCACCUCAUAUCAUCCUCUGUUAUCACACUUGAAAUGUUUGUCAUGGACGUACGGACAACUCCGCGACAUCUGUGCAUCUCACUGAUCUCAUGUGCACUUGCUGCUAGGCUUCUACAUGGAGGAACCGUCGUUGCUUUGAGCUGUUGCUGAAUUAUUGUUGAGCUUAUUUUGUCUUUUGUUUGGUUGGGAGAAUAGUGAUGUGAAAUCACAUCUCCAUAUUUGUUGAGUUUUUCUGACACAUUUGUUUAGAACUGGUAGGUCAGUUCAAUUUUCAAAACAAGAGCAAGGCUAGGGCCCCACUGGGAAUUUCAAAUGUUAAAGUUGCGGAAAACGUUGAAAUAUUGGUAUGAAAAUAAUCAGACUUGUUCAAAUUGCUAACAUCUACCCUUUUUUCUUUCUUAUGCUUGCAAGUUUUGGACUUUGAUAUAACCGAAUUCCAAAUUGUUGCUAAAUGAGUGAAAAUGGGACAAUUCUUCAACUUCCAAGAGAAAAUCUGUGUAUGAGUAAGUCUGUGACACCCGAUGAAUGUUUGUACUGUCUUAGCUACAUCUCCUAAGUAAUCAGCUUGGGGAAAAGUCUUGUCAUGUCCAAACAUUAGAAAAAUGCUUCCUCAAAACCUUGAAAGUCAACCUGAUACAUUUUCACCUUACCAUGCAAAGUCUAAUUUUCAUUCAUACCAACAUAUUUCUUAACAUUCAUUCUGAUUUGCAAAGGCUUUCCUCAUUUCCUGAAUUAGUCAUAUCUCAUGGGCAAAAAGUGCCCUAAUCAACGUAGCUUUUUCUUUCUAGAGGACAAAACUAAAUCCAAUAGAGUUUUAUAGAUCUGCUUCCUUAGGAUAUCUUUUGCACAGUUUAAGGGUUGGUUUUGCUCAACAAAAUGAUUAAGUUAGUUUCAACCCAGUUUGGCUCAUCCAGCCGUUUGUUACAUGACAGCUCAUUAUAAGGAUGUAUCUUUAGCAGAAUGUUCCCAUUCAGAGAUAUGUGGGGCGGUCGGGUAGCCUAGUGGUUAAAGCGUUCGCUCGUCACGCCGAAGAUCCGGGUUCGAAUCCCGACAUGGGUACAAUGUGUGAAGCCCAUUUCUGGUGUCCCCUGCCGUGAUAUUGCUGGGAUAUUGCUAAAAGCGGCGUAAAACCAAACUCACUCACUCACUCAGAGAUAUGUGUUUCAGUGUAGUAAGAAAGCACAUUGGUUGUUUAGAUGGUGUUAGAUCAGUUGAAUAUACCACAAACUACAGCACUUUGAUAUGGCAUCCGCACACACUGUUGUUUUAGACAUACACAAUAGAUUUGUAGUCUUGAUGUUAACAUCUGAAUUCAGAAGAAAAACAAGAAUUUAUAUGAAAUCAGAUACAUUGAGAAGAUUUGUAUUAAAUGUCUGGGUAACUAUCACUGAAUGUGAAAUGAUAUUUGAAGAAUUACAUGGGAUACAACUAUUGACAAUUUUGUAUUAUUGGCUGUUGUAGGCUAUUGUUAUUAUUAAGUGUCCCCUGAAACGAGCAAUCAUGUGGAUGUUGUCAGCAUGUGGACUGGAACACGGGAGAAGCAGCUUCAGUGUACACCAGUCACAUGAAGUGUUUCAAUGUAGUAGACCACUCUAACAUAUUGACAAGAGAAAAGGCUCUUUUUCCCAGGAUUUUAUUAACUAUAUCCAGACCAUUUUUAUUUCUUGUUUUUGUUGAUUUUCUUGCCCAGUAUACUACAGUUCUGGAAGCAGUUUGCUGGUCAGUUACAAAUAAAGCGACAAAACCCUUUCCAUAUCCAAUAUUGGCCGAUUGUACGAUUCCGACUAUAUCAUGAGCAUGUGUUUAUGAAUCACUAUCAAGUAGUAAUGAUACCAAGGGUAAAAGUCAUGUUUUUCUUGUUAGACUUUGAUCAUUAAAUUGAAAUUAUGAUUGAUUUUAUGGUAAAAGAAGAGAAAAAACACUUAGUUUGACAUGGUUUUUCAAUUUGAAAUAGGCAUACUUUUGAAAGUACACAGUGUUUUGAUUUCAUUUCAGGAAACUUACGAAAUAAGAAAGAAUAAUUUGUUGUUGAAAAACUAUGUGAUAAAUAUAGCCUUUCACAACAUCCAGGUGAUACUGCUAGCAAUGCUCACUGAAAUGUAGAACUAUGUGUUUCAUUGCAUGUUCCUUGUCCCUGACUGCUGUGUGUAUAGAAGAUGAUCCUCCACAUCAGAGAGAUGAUAGGUCCACGUAUUGCACAGUUGUGUAUCAGCAUCCUCAGUUCCCUGCUCUGUCAUUGGGCGAUCUUAUGUCAUGGGCAUACCUCACACACUACUCCAUCAUCAUCAGGGAGUCUCAGUAUAGACAGUCAACUCUAGAUAGAACUCGACAAACGGAAUUCUGUUGGUAUGGCCAUAAUGAAUAUUUAGAAGUGGUUUAUGUUAUAUUAUUUUAAUUCUUUGAAACGUGCCUUUUCUUUCUGGACAAGUCCUCUUGCAGUGUCAGUGGGCAACUUGUGAAUGUCACUGUAAUGCAAUGAGUUUUAGGGAGUUUGGACAGAAGUUGAUUGGGAAGGAAACUUGGGCAUCUUCGUUGUGGUCUGGUCUGAAAUUUGCUAUUCUUAUGAACAAUAACAUUAUUACCAUUGUAUAGCUGAGGGCUCCUUAUAUGCAACACUGUUGUAUCUUGAGUUGACUGUACUGUGCUCUGUCUAUACAUUUUCGCACCUGAACAAUCUAUGCAUACCAACCUGAUACCUUCUUAAUCUGAAUAGAACUGAUAAAAGUCUAUUUUUGGUGAUCAGUGGAACCAGCACAACAGUCAUUAAAGAAAUGAGUAGUGUGUUAGGUAUGUUCCAUGCUGUCCUUUCAGUGUUGACCCAGUGUGUUACAUUGUUAUCUGUUGCUGCUUCAUUCCCCAGACCCCAACUCAUCUCACCCCUGUCACAUGACUCCAUCUCACCCUUCUGUCACAGCUCUUCAUCUCACCCUUGUCACAUGACUUCAUCUCACCCUUUUGUCACAGCUCUUCAUCUCACCCUUGUCACAUGACAUCUUACCCUUCUGUCACAGAAGAUUUUAUGUCGCCCUUCUCUCACAGAGGAAGUCAUCUCACCCUUGUCACUACGCUUCAUCUGACCCUUUUGUCAUAUUGGACCUCAUUUCACCCUGCUGUCAGAGGUCUUUUUCACCCUUCUGCAACAGAGGACUUCAUCUCACCCUUCUGUCACAGGACUUUAUCCUCACCCUUCUGUCACAGAGGACUUGAUUUCCCCCUCCUGUAGCAGAGGACCUCAUUUGACCCCUCCUGUCAAGGGUGUCUCUUCAUUUGUGUGUGAUAAUGCAUCUCUAAUGACAGAAACAGGUUGGAUAGAUUGGUGACAAUUUUCUAUUGUUUCUUGGUGUCAGAUCCUUGUUACUGAAUUUAUCAGAUUUUAUUCAUCAGUUGUAAUAUAUGGUGGUGUGGUUAUCAAUAAAAUAUCUUUGCAAUAAAA